AUGGUUGAAUUUAACAAGGCAAUGGAGAAUUUGAAGAACAUUAAUGAAGCUGCUUGGAAGGAGAGAAGUGAGCAUGAUGUAGGUACUUGGUCAAGGGCUGGGUUUAGUACUUACACUUGUUGUGAUCUACAAACCAAUCCAACUGUGCAGCAACCUCAAGCACCACCUGCACCCAAGAAGAAAGCGUCAGCUAAGAAGAAAGGACCAAGCAAAAAGGCUGGGCCACCAACUGCAACCGCAACUGCACCAACAGCAGCAACCACAACUGAAGCAUCACCUGGAAACACAACGGCACCACCAGCUGCAAGCACCAUUGUACCACCACCUGCUGCAACCAAGACUGGACCACCUGCUAGAAAGAAGACUGGAGCACCAUCUGCAACCAAGACUGCACCAACUUAUGCAUCCACAACAAGUGGACCACCUGCUGCAACCAAGAUUCGACCACCAUCAACUACUUUGAACACUGUCAUCAACAAACCACUUGCAAGCAACAAUGUGCCAACUACAAGUAACACUAUCACCAAAAUUGUCCCAAAGAAGAUUUUGAUCAACUCUGUGCAAAUCAACUAUAUGCCAAUUGUAAAGCCACAAAUAGUGGGGGAAAACAUACUCAUGGUGCCUAAGAAGUGCAGGAACAUUGGUCUGAAGAGAAAGUCUGAUGAAAUGGAGCCUAUUGGAACACAACAGUCAGUAAACAAGAAGUAG